UUUACCAAUACUAUCGCUUGCACGUGCGAUUCGUAAACAAAAUGCGUUUUUGUUAAUUUUACCCACAAAACCCUAUAAUUUAGCAACACAAUGUCACGAAUUAUAGUUAAGCAGCUGCCCAAGCAUAUCACGGAGGACAAGCUGCGUCAGAUUUUUGGGGCCCAGGGAACCAUAACUGAUCUGCAGCUUAAAUACACGCCCGAUGGCAAGUUCCGGCAGUUCUGCUUCGUCGGCUAUAGCAGCGAGGAUGAGGCACAGGCGGCCAUACGGCAUUUGAACAACACCUGCAUCCAGACAAGCCGGGUGCGCGUGGAAUCCUGCGCUGCCUUGGGCAGUGAGUCCAAACCGCAAUCGUGGAGCAAGUAUGCCAAGGAUAGCAAGAAGAAUCUGGACAAGCUGAAGGCCGAGGAGGAGGCGGGAAACACCAAAAAGAAAACCGACAAGGAGAAGAAACCAAAGGAUGACAAAGUGGAUAAGAUUCUGGGCAAGCACAAGGAUGAUCCCGAGUUCCAGGAGUUUCUACAGGCCCACGACAAGUCUCGCACGCUGUGGGGCAAUGAUUUGGGCAUAAAUGGCAAUCGAGAGGAAGAGGAAAAGGAUGAAGAAGAGGAUGAGGGGGAGCAGGAUGAAGAGGUUAAAACACCAGCUGGCAGAGACGACAGCGGCGUGGAUGCUGGUGAUGAGGAAGUAUCUGAGGACACGGCCAAACUGGCCGAGAAACCCAUCAGUGAUCUGGAGUACAUGAAAUCCCUGAUGGCUGGCAAGGUGACUCCCUCAAAGAAAGCCGCCGCCGCCAAGGCGGAUAAAUCCAAUCUGGAGCUGUUCACCAUCAAAAUACACAAUGUGCCGUACAAUACCAAGCGCCAGGAGGUGCUCAAGUUCUUCAAACCCCUGAAACCCUACUCGGUUCGCCUGCCCAGCAAGGUCCAUGGCUUCUGCUAUGUGGGCUUCAAAACCGAAAAGGACAUGGCCAAGGGUAUGCUCAAGAACAAGAGUUUCAUCAAGGGCAAACAGGUUUUCUUUUCCGACUUUACCGAGAAGAACAAGGUGACCAAGGCGGGCAAGAGUGCCAGUGCCAGUGCCAGUCCAGCGGUGACUGAAACGUCCAAUGCCAAGUGGCAGCAGCAGCAGGAUGGUUUAUCCAAGGAGGAUAACAUUUCCGAAUCGGGCAGGAUAUUCUUUAGGAAUCUGUCCUACACCACCACCGAGGAGGAGCUACGUCAGCUGUUCGAACAGUAUGGUCCCGUGGUGGAGGUCAAUCUGCCUGUGGAUAAGCUAACGCGUAAGAUCAAGGGCUUUGGCACGGUCACCUACAUGAUGCCAGAGCAUGCCCUCAAGGCAUUCAAUGCUCUGGAUGGCACCGACUUCCAUGGGCGGCUGCUGCACCUCCUACCCGGCAAAGACAUUUCGGAGAAGACAAACCAAGAUGAUCUCGAUGAAAAUGAUGCCAGUCUUUCGUUCAAGCAAAAGAAGGCUUUGAAGCUGAAGAAGAACGCCCAAAAGCCCAUUGGCUGGAAUACUUUGUUUCUGGGCGCCAAUGCCGUGGCCGAGAUCCUGGCCAAACAGUUCAAGACCACCAAAGAGCGCAUUUUGGACACCAGCGAGGGAGGCAGCAGUGCCGCCGUGCGCCUGGCCCUCGGCGAGACACAAAUUGUUAUAGAAAUGAAGCGUUUCCUUGAGGCGGAGGGUGUCCGGCUGAAUGCCUUUGAUGAGCCGCCCAAGCGGCGUUCCAACACUGUGAUACUGGCCAAGAAUCUGCCAGCUGCCACGGAGACUUCAGAGCUGACGCCUGUCUUCAGUCGUUUUGGUCCCAUUGGAAGGAUUGUUCUGCCACCCAGUGGGGUGACGGCCCUCAUUGAGUAUUGUGAUCCCUCAGAGGCAAGGCAGGCAUUCAAGAAGUUGGCCUACAGCAAGUUUAAGAAUGCUCCCUUGUAUUUGGAGUGGGCACCGGAUGAGGUCUUUACCAGGACACUCAGUGGGGAGGCGAUUAUACCCAAGUCAGAACCUAAAGCAGAGGUUAAGGUGGAGGAGGAGGAGGAGGAGCAAGAGGUAAAGGUGGAGGAGAAACCCCUGGCGGAAGAUGCUGACGAUGAACCAGAACCAAAUACCACUUUAUUCCUGCGCAACCUCAACUUCAAGACUGUCCAGGAGACGGUGGAGCGGCAUUUCCGUCAUUUGGGCAGCAUUCACACGGUGGAAAUAGCCAAACGCAAGGAUCCGGAGAAUCCACGUCAGCUCAAUUCCCUGGGCUAUGGUUUUAUACAAUUUAAAAAGUCAGCGGUGGCUGAGCAUGCUUUGAAAAAUAUGCAGCUCACCCAUAUCGAUGGCAAUCCUGUGGAACUCAAGCGCAGCGAUCGGGUGUUGAAGAGCCAAGACCAGGCGGGUGCCCAGCGUCGCUUGGCCUCGCAGAAAAUGCAAACGGGCACCAAGAUUCUGGUGAGGAAUAUACCUUUCCAGGCGCAAUAUCGGGAAGUGCGGGAUAUAUUCAAGGCCUUUGGCGAGCUGCGUUCCCUGCGCAUCCCCAAGAAAGCCACCGCCGGCGAGGAGGCUCAUCGUGGCUUCGGUUUCGUUGAUUACAUGAGCAAGGCGGAGGCCAAGCGUGCCUUUGAGGCACUGAGUGCCAGUACGCAUCUUUAUGGACGCCGUUUGGUGCUCGAGUGGAGUGCCAACGAUGAUAGCCAGGAUGUGGAGCAGCUGCGGAAGCGAACGGCAACGAAAUUUGGUGAAAGCCAGGCAGCCACUGCAGCCAAACGGAGUCGCAGGGCCUUCUUUGAUGUGGAGGCGGUGGCGGCCCCAGAAGGCGACGAAGACGAAGAAGAAUAAUAAAAUAAUUGUUAACAAUAAAAAAUAAUUUUGUAAAAAA